ACCCACCUCCCCGCCACUCAACCCACUAUCACUAGAGGAAAGAGAAUGGCGCUGCAACUCACUUCACCUUCCUUCUCCCUCCCUUCCUCCUCAUCCCUUUCUUCAACACCCAAAUUCUCUCUUCUCCGAUCAGUCUCCGCCGUCCGAUUGCAGUCGAGAAGCGUCGGAUUGUUCUCCCGGAAGAUGACCAAAACGACACCGUUUGCCAUGAAGGCGGAAGGAGGGGAAACGAAGGUUCUAGAAGAGGAAACAGGGAAAGAAUGGGGGAAAGUUUCAGCGGUGUUGUUUGAUAUGGAUGGUGUACUUUGCAAUAGUGAAGAACCUUCUAGAAGAGCUGGCGUCGAUGUUUUUGCUGAAAUGGGCGUUGAUGUUACAGUCGAUGAUUUUGUCCCUUUUAUGGGAACUGGGGAAGCAAACUUCUUGGGAGGUGUUGCAUCAGUUAAAGGUGUUAAGGGAUUUGAUACCAAUGCUGCCAAAAAAAGGUUCUUUGAAAUUUAUCUUGAAAAGUACGCAAAGCCAAAUUCUGGAAUUGGAUUCCCAGGGGCUCUCGAACUCAUUACUCAGUGCAAAGCUAAGGGCCUCAAAGUUGCUGUUGCAUCCAGUGCUGAUCGCAUCAAAGUGGAUGCAAAUCUAGCUGCUGCAGGGUUGCCACUUGAACUGUUUGAUGCUAUUGUGUCAGCAGAUGCGUUUGAGAAUCUGAAGCCUGCUCCUGAUAUUUUUUUAUCUGCAUCAAACAUACUUAAUGUGAUACCAAGCGAGUGCAUUGUAAUUGAAGAUGCACUUGCGGGAUUACAAGCUGCGAACGCUGCCAAAAUGAGAUGUAUAGUUGUGACCACUACAUUGUCUGAAGAAGCACUUGCAACUGAAGCUCCAUCACUUAUCAGGAAGGAUAUUGGGAACAUUACUCUUGAUGAUAUUAUCAGUGGUGGAUCUAGCCUCCGCAAUGAGAGGUUGCAGGCAUCUCAAUCUGAGGGAGAAGUGGGGAAUUCCUUCUCAUCUGGAGGGUUGCAGGCUUCAAGGAGAAAUAUUCUCAGAUAUGGGAGUUUAGGGAUUUCUGUAUCUUGCCUCAUAUUUGCCAUCUCAAACUGGAAGGCAAUGCAAUAUACAUCACCAAAAGCUCUUUGGAAUCUAGCAUUUGGAUUGAACAACCCCAGUCUUGGAUCCAAUGAAGGUGAGUCACCAUCUUCCAGGGUAAAACAGCUUGUGAAUUACAUAUCUGACCUUGAAAAAAGGGGAAAUGCUCUUGUUGUGCCUGAAUUUCCUUCUGGACUUGAUUGGCUAAAUACUGCACCCCUUCAGUUCCGCAGAGAUCUUAAAGGAAAAGUGGUAGUCUUAGAUUUCUGGACCUACUGCUGCAUAAAUUGUAUGCAUGUGCUGCCCGAUCUUGAGUUUUUGGAGAAGAAGUACAAAGAGAUGCCGUUUGCUGUUGUUGGAGUACAUUCCGCUAAAUUUGACAAUGAGAAGGACUUGGAAGCAAUUCGCAAUGCAGUUCUGAGAUAUGGAAUUACUCAUCCCGUAGUAAAUGAUGGAGACAUGUAUCUAUGGCGUGAGUUAGGAGUUAGCUCAUGGCCGACUUUUGUUAUUCUGGGACCCAAUGGCAAGCUUAUAGGGCAAAUAUCAGGAGAGGGUCGUCGAAAGGACCUUGAUAAUAUCGUGGAGGCAGCACUUCUCUUCUAUGGUGAAAGAAAGAUGUUAGAUAACACAUCCCUUCCUCUGCGUCUGGAAAGAGAUAAUGAUCCCCGGUUACUGACCUCUCCGUUGAAGUUUCCAGGAAAGCUGGCAGUGGAUGUGCUGAACAAUAGGCUGUUUAUUUCAGACAGUAACCACAACCGUAUUGUUGUCACUGAUUUGGAUGGCAAUUACAUUACACAAAUAGGGAGCUCAGGAGAGGAGGGUUUACGUGAUGGUAAUUUUGAUGACGCAACUUUCAACAGGCCUCAGGGCCUUGCUUACAACGAGAAAAGAAAUGUACUUUAUGUUGCAGAUACUGAAAAUCAUGCUUUGAGAGAGAUCAAUUUUGUCAAUGAGAUGGUCCGCACACUUGCUGGCAAUGGUACAAAGGGAUCUGAUUACAAAGGAGGAAGAAGGGGAACGUCUCAGCUCCUCAAUUCUCCGUGGGAUGUCUGCUUUGACCCUGUCAGAGAAAAGGUUUACAUAACAAUUGCUGGCCAGCAUCAGAUUUGGGAACACAAUCUAUCAGACGAAACCACCAUAGCUUUCAGUGGUGAUGGUUAUGAAAGAAACUUGAAUGGUUCAAGCCCGAUGACCACAUCAUUUGCACAGCCUUCUGGAAUUUCUCUAUCUCCAGAUAUGAAAGAGGCGUAUAUUGCGGAUAGUGAGAGUAGUUCUAUUCGAGCUCUUGAUCUCAAGACAGGAGGAUCGAGAUUGCUGGUUGGUGGUGAUCCUAUUUUCUCUGACAAUUUGUUUAAGUACGGUGACCAUGAUGGGAUAGGUGCUGAGGUACUCCUACAACAUCCAUUAGGUGUCUGUUUUGGACAAGAUGGCCAAGUUUAUAUUGCGGAUUCUUAUAACCACAAGAUCAAGAGCCUAAAUCCAUCGAAGAAACGAGUCACUACCAUAGUUGGGACUGGAAAAGCUGGUUUCAAGGAUGGUAAAUCUCUAUCAGCUCAGCUUUCAGAACCAGCAGGUCUUGUUGAAGUUGGCAAUGGAAAAUUCUUGAUAGCUGAUACCAACAAUAGCGUAAUCCGAUACUUGGACUUAAACCAAGGUGAACCACAACUUUCUACAUUAGAGUUGAAGGGUGUGCAGCCUCCAGCUCCAAAAGCCAAAACCAUGAAACGUCUGAGGAAGCGUUUAUCACCCGAUACUCAGAUUGUCAUGGUCAAUGGUGGCACAUCAACUGAGGGCGAUUUAUACCUUAGCAUAUCAGUUCCUGAAGGGUACCAUUUCUCAAAGGAAGCUCGUAGUAAAUUCAAUGUGGAGAUACAGCCAGAAAAUUCAGUUGCCGUUGAACCCUUAGAUGGGAAUCUCAGCCCGGAAGGAUCUGCUGUGCUUCAUUUUAAGAGAUCCACCCCUUCAGCUUCCUUGGGAAGAAUAAACUGCAAGGUCUAUUAUUGUAAAGAAGAUGAAGUGUGUUUGUACCAAUCAUUAGCAUUUGAAGUAAAGUUCGAAGAGGAAAUUACCGAAUCAUCUCCGGCAGAAAUAACUCUACAAUAUCUUGUGAAACCAAAAGCCAACAGAGACAGCCUACAAAUUACCAGCUAGAUCUUGAUACACCUCUCCAUUAGUAGUAUACUUGUAUAUUCCAUAACUUUUCAUUAAAACUUGAGUAUACAUAGAUCAUUAUUCAUUAAACUGGUAAAGCUAUCUACCGGAAUUGAUCACUCAUGUAAAUUUCAGUUUCAUUGCUGCAAUGGAAAUAUUUACCAGCAGCUUCUGUUUCUUGAGUUUUUCUCAGAACUCCUGUAAUGUCAUAAACUCAUAAUACUAAUCCAAAGGGGGAGGAUCUUCCUUGAUUUUCGUCAAA